AUUCGUUGCUAAACCUCGUAAAAACUCUCUCUUUCUUCUUCCCAUUUGACGAGUUUCUGACCACUUAUUCCAACGACCCUGAAAACUUCGAUCAAACAAAAAGGUUUUCAAUUGGCUACAAAGAUCUAAUUAAAAGUGGUACUACUUUUAGAGAUGAAUUGUAUUUUGUUAAUGAGUACAAUGUCAUUUACGUUCAUUUCGAUCCUUCCUAUAGAAAAUUUUUCAUUCAGAAGAAUUCCUCCUCUGACUUAUCCUUUAAUAUCUACACUUUAUCACAUAUGCCUCAAGAUCUAUUCUUGAAUGCUUUCCACAAAUACUCUCUUGCAAUGUUGCUUUUAUUUGUUAACAACUUCAACUUCCCCAUCAUCGAUCACAUCCAAAACCUUUUAAACAAAAAUCCACUUUACCAAAGAAUAAAGGUGAAAUCUCCAAUCAUAUUAUCAAAUACUCAAAAGGCUUCUCAACUAAUGCAAUCUCCCACAAGAGAAUCCUCCUUUUUAGGCAUUCUAUCUUGGCUAUAUUAUAAACUAAAUCUAUUUAAUUUCAUCGAUUACAAUAAUGUUGCUUCUAUAAUUGAUUACUCAAAUUUACACUCGAUUAAUUUAUCCGAAAUUCAGCACUUUUCGGACAUUCUUAUCAAUUCUCCCGAUAUUUCUCUAAAUUUAAUAAAACAUUUCCCUUAUAACUUUACUCAAAAUUCUAAUAUCCACUCAAUUUAUAAUGGUGUUCACCCUAUUUUAAAUCUAAAUGAUGACGAGUUCAAUAUUUUCUACACGUUCAAUCAAAAUGAUAAAUAUCAAUGCAAAAUGUCUAGAAUUCGACAGCUAGAUCAUUCUUCCAUUUUCUCAAACUACAAAAAGCUAAAACACACAAAUUUCCAAUGUAUCAAUAACAAUAAGAUAUCUAUCAGAAUUUAUGAAAAUCUAAUUUACGAUAUAUAUAAAAUUGGAAAUUUUAAUUAUAAUAACAUUCUCCCUCAAUAUCUGUAUAAAGAAUUACCAGUAGAUUAUCAGAUAUACUCUAGAUUGAAAAAUCAAAUUACUAGAAAGAGAGUUAGAUCGAGAAGUUCUACUAAUAUAAAUGAUGUAUCGAAGAGAAAUUUAAGAAUAAAAAGGAUUUCAAAACAAAAUAAUAAUCAGAAAAAGAAUAAUUUACCUCUGAAUAUCAAUUUUCCUUCGGAUAAUAACAACAAUAAUAAAUUAAACUUAAUUUUAAUAAAUGAUAAUUCACCGCUUAAAUAUAUUGAACCUAAUGAAGAUCAAAACGAAAUAUUUAGCGUUAUAAUGGCUAAAAUUAGUGAUAAAAUUCCAAAUUCUAAUCCAAGAUCUCUUUUACAAAGUUUUCAAAAUACUAAUCAAAAACAGGAUAAAAGAGAUAAAACCUUUUCCAACAAUAAAGAAAAUACGUUGGUCAAAGAUGAAUUUAAUCAGGAUCCAAACCAGAAAUUAAAAAAUAAAAUUGAUAACGAAGAUGAAAAUGAAAAUGAAAAUGAAAAUGAAAGUAAAACUAAAACUAAAAGUGAAAUUAACGGUGAAAUUAAAAAAAAAGAUGAUGAUAAUUGUGAUUUAGAACAUUUGAAUAAUUCAUAUAUCAAUUCUCAAGUAAAUGCUGAUUCUUCUAUUAACAGUGUUAAAAACAAUGUCUCUUAUACGAAGAACAAAUUUAAUGAUAAAAUUAAUCUGCAAAGUUUUAUCAUUCACGAUAAAAUAGCUGAAAUUCGUAAGAUUCUGAAAAAAAUGUAUGAUAUUGACGAUAACUAUAACAAUAAUGAUAUAAAUAAACAAAAUGUCCACAGAAACAAUGAGGAUUUUAGAAAUAGAGAAAAAAGUAAUAUAAGUACUAAUACAAAUAUAAAUAGAGAAUUUCAUUAUGUGAAAAAGCGAUCACAAUCUGUAUUUCAAAAUAACAUUAUUAAUAAUCAUAUUAUUAAUAAUAAAAAUAAUGUUGAGAAUGAGAUAAAAUCUAAGACUGUAAGUAUUAAUGUCGAUGAUGAUAUUAAUGAUGAUAUUGAAGAUGUUAUUGAUAUUGACGAUGACGAUAUUGAUAAUUAUGAAAAAUCAGAUUUUAAGAAAAGCAAUAAGAGAAAUGAAAAAGAAUCUAAAAAUAGGAAAGCAAAAAGGAAGCCUAGGCGUGGAGUAAGAAGGUUUUCAAAUGAUCUGUUUAAUAAAAUACUUGAUAGUGAGUCUGAUUCUGAAUUUGAGGAGUAUUUACAAAAAAAUGGGAAAUUACUGGAAAAAUCCAGAUCGGGUUUAGAAGGUGAAUCUAGCUUACUUAAAUCAAGCAAUAAUUAUGAUAAUACGAAUUAUAUUAAUAAUAAUAGUAAUAAUAAUAGUAACAAUAAUUUAACAAAUGUUAAAAAUAUUGAUAAUAUUAAAGAUUAUGAUAAAUUAAAAUCGGAACAUUUAAAAUUGCAACAAUUAUAUAAUUCUACGGUGGAAGAAGUGAAUGCAAUUGUUCAAACAUGUAAAAGUCGAGUAAAAAGACUAGAAUUAAAACAUGAAAUGGAGAUGAAUGAGCUCAAGUCGGCGAUGAGACGCAAAUUUGUGAAAUAUAAAAAUGAAAAUUUGAAUUUAAAGAAACAAAUUAAAUCAAUUGAGAAUUUAUAUAGGUAAUAGGUAAAUUUAUUGAGAGACGAGAAACUUGUGACAGAUAGUGUAUAGUAUGGAAACAUAAAUUUAUAGCAUUUAUUUAGAGGUAAUUUAAUAAUUGAAUAAAAGCAAAUUACAACAAGCUGUGAAGUUGUGAGGUUUUGAAGUUUUAAAGUUGUGAGGUUGUGAAGUUUUGAAGUUGAGAAAUUGUGAAACAUAAAGAAUUCAAAUUUUAUAAUUGUGUUUGAUAGGAAAUUU